UCUCUACAUUUCCUUUUCAGAUGUGAUGGAAGAUCUGUACAACUACGUGAACCCCUGUAAUGGCAAACAUUCUCCAAUGGUCUCCAAGGAAACGCUAGACAUCGUAUUGGCCAAGAAAGACCGGCUGAACUCGGCUAUCAUUUACGAUCGGGAUUUCUCUUACAAUUACUUUGGCUUUAAGACGCUUGAGCGCUCGUAUCUGCUGAAGGUAAAUUCCAAAGUGGCUGAGCGGCCCCAGCACAUGUUGAUGCGGGUGUCGGUGGGAAUCCACAAGGAAGACAUCGAUGCCGCCAUUGAAACCUACAACCUCCUGUCUGAGAAGUGGUUCACGCACGCCUCGCCCACUCUCUUCAACUCGGGCACCAACCGUCCCCAGCUCUCCAGCUGUUUCCUGCUGUGCAUGAAAGACGACAGCAUUGAGGGGAUCUACGACACGCUGAAGCACUGCGCGCUCAUCUCCAAGUCUGCUGGGGGGAUCGGCGUGGCGGUGAGCUGCAUUCGAGCCACCGGCAGCUACAUCGCUGGGACGAAUGGGAACUCGAAUGGGCUCGUGCCAAUGCUGAGGGUGUACAACAACACAGCCCGCUACGUGGACCAGGGCGGCAACAAGAGACCUGGGGCUUUUGCCAUCUACCUGGAGCCGUGGCAUUUUGACAUCUUUGAGUUCCUUGACCUGAAGAAAAACACCGGGAAGGAGGAGCAGCGUGCCCGGGACCUCUUCUACGCUCUCUGGAUUCCGGAUCUUUUCAUGAAACGUGUGGAGACCAACCAGGACUGGUCUCUGAUGUGUCCCAAUGAAUGCCCGGGCCUAGACGAAGUGUGGGGAGAGGAGUUCGAGAAACUCUACGAGAGCUACGAGAAGCAGGGCCGCUUGCGGAAAGUCGUGAAAGCCCAGCAGCUGUGGUACGCCAUCAUCGAGUCACAGACAGAGACCGGAACCCCCUACAUGCUCUACAAGGACUCCUGCAACAGAAAGAGCAACCAGCAGAACCUGGGGACCAUCAAAUGCAGCAACCUCUGCACGGAGAUUGUCGAGUACACCAGCAAGGAUGAGGUUGCGGUUUGUAACUUGGCUUCCAUAGCCCUGAAUAUGUACAUCACCCCAGAGCACAAAUACGACUUCAAGAAGCUGGCGGAGGUCACCGGGGUCAUCGUCCGAAACCUGAAUAAGAUCAUUGACAUCAAUUUCUACCCUGUGCCGGAGGCGGAGCUCUCCAACAAGCGCCACCGGCCCAUCGGCAUUGGGGUGCAGGGCCUCGCAGACGCCUUCAUCCUCAUGAGGUUCCCUUUCGAAAGCCCUGAGGCCCAGCUGCUCAACCAGCAGAUCUUUGAGACCAUCUACUACGGCGCCCUGGAAGCCAGCUGCCAGCUGGCCAAGGAGCACGGGCCUUACGAGACCUACGAGGGCUCCCCCAUCAGCAAAGGCAUCCUACAGUAUGACAUGUGGAAUGUCACCCCGACCGACCUCUGGGACUGGAAAGCACUGAAAGAGAAGAUUGCCAAGUACGGUGUCAGGAACAGCCUCCUUCUUGCCCCGAUGCCUACGGCGUCCACAGCUCAGAUCCUGGGCAACAACGAGUCCAUUGAGCCCUACACCAGCAACAUCUAUACCCGCAGAGUUCUCUCCGGAGAGUUCCAGGUUGUGAAUCCCCACCUGCUGAAAGACCUGACGGAGAGGGGCUUAUGGAACGAGGAGAUGAAGAACCAGAUCAUUGCCUACAACGGCUCCAUCCAGAACAUACCGGAGAUUCCAGAGGACUUGAAGCAGCUCUAUAAGACUGUCUGGGAGAUCUCCCAGAAGACCGUGCUCAAGAUGGCGGCCGACCGAGGGGCCUUCAUUGACCAGAGCCAAUCCCUCAACAUCCACAUCGCAGAGCCCAACUACGGCAAACUGACCAGCAUGCACUUCUAUGGCUGGAAGCAGGGUCUGAAGACCGGCAUGUAUUACCUGAGGACGAAGCCAGCAGCGAACCCCAUCCAGUUCACCCUGAACAAAGAGAAGCUGAAGGAGAAGAGCUCGAAGGAAGAGGAGGAGGAGAGGAACAAGGCGGCCAUGGUCUGCUCCUUGGAGAACAGAGAUGAAUGCCUCAUGUGCGGCUCGUAAAGGAGCUGCUGGGUGCACCCACAACCGCCCCUCCUUGUUCCCCAACCCCCCAUUAGUUAGUUCUAGUGUUCAUCGAGGGUGUGGAAAGCUGCUGCUGCCUGCCUUGGCAGAGGGCAAGAGGGGGCUUACGUUCCCCUGACCUGGUAAAGCUGCCUGGUUUUGGGGAGGGGCUGUAUUGGGGGAAACCUGUGUAGACACCGCUGCCCCCGUCGAUCUUUCAGGAACCUUUAAGUGCCCUUUUGCAGUCUUGCAUUAUAUUAUGUAGAAAGAUGACUUUUGCCAGUUUUCCCACGGAGAGAAGGCCAUGCAUGUUACGCUUCAGGGAUUAGACUCCUUCGACCAUCUUGCGCCAACCAUCUUAUACCCAGAGAGGCCCACCUUUUCGCUUCCAUCCUGGACCCAGAGAGAGGGGGGUUCUGUGAUGGUUUUGGGGGUAUGUGGCUCUGGCUGUCCCCUGGGGUGCUCUUGGGGGCGUGGAGGCGAGCUGUGGGGCCUGCAGGGCCUGAGAGGGGACUUCGGCUCACUCUCACUGUCCACCCAUGUGCAGUCCAUGCGCCGUUCUUCCCUGGGGAGCGCAUAGAAGUGUGGUGUUCAAGGCAUGCAGCCCUUUCUCCUUCUGUAGUUGGGAAAUCUGGAGGAACCACGGAGGAUUCUGGGUUUAGCAUCCAAACCGUGUUUGGUUCAGCAGUGUUAUUCUUUGCAAUAAAGCUGCUAUUGAAACAUCUCUGCCCUUUUCCACGUUCAUAACAGGUAGGAAGUUUUUACAAGCAAAGGAUCAUUAAGGCUUUCUGGUUUGCUCCUUGGGCGGUGUAAUCGGAAUGCAGGGGCCAAAGUCCUCACUAUUUAUCGAGUUCGGGUGUUCCACCCGUAGACCUGAAUCCUCUGAAUGAAUUCAGAUGCAUCAAUAAAGCUUAGAGUGUGAA